UAAUGAUAUGUCAACAACUUCCAACUCGAAAUCACGUAGGUCGCUCUCGAAAAGGGGCGGCGGCUGGUGGAACCCUCCGGUUCCUCCUCCCAGUCCGUGAUCGCUGACGCUCGGUCCAGCAGGCCCCGCUGACAGCGCCGUCAGUCCGGACAUGGCGACUCCGCUCUCCGGAGGAAUCUGCCAGGCGUCGCCCUGGACCUGGUUUCUUGGCUCGCAUCGCUGCUAGUGGGGCGCCUUACACGGCGAUGGCGGAUCAAAACACGCUCGUCCCGGGAGCCCAGGGUCCCGCUUCCAUCCAGACGGGAGAUGCCGGGGUUUGCAUCGACACGCAGCCGGACGCCACGCUCCCGCUCGCGGACUUGAACCAAGGAGGAGGACGCGGCAGCCGCGGUGGUCCGGCAGCUCCCGCUCCCUCCGGGAUCCGAGUGCUGAAGCGCAACAUGAAGAGAAAUGGAAGUCGCAGCUGCAUGACAAGAAAGACAAGAUACGGAUCUCGGGAGCGAGACUGGCUGAAAGGAGACCCUCAGCGGGGCUGCGUGUGUCUUUACGGAGGCUCAGUAGACCCUCAGCAACCUGCCUCCGGAGCCCAGGCUUCCUCCAACCCUCAGCCAGACCUGCAGUUAGUGCUCUGCUCCACCAGCACGACAGUGGAGGAGCUGUGUGCGCAGAAGGAAGGACGGGGGCUUUACGUCCAGCUGCACGGAGAUCUAGUCAGGAGACUGGAUCCAACUGAGCGUCCGCUCCAGAUGGUUUAUGACUAUCUGACCACCAUGGGCUACGCAGAUCCUGUUCGAGUCCAGCAAGAGGCGGCCAACUCUGACCUGAGCUGUUUGAUCCGCUUCUACAGUGAGCGACCAGUGAAUGCAGACCAGCAGGAGCGGAUGCUGCUGAAAGGCGUGUUCAGCGUGAGAAAGGGCAAGACGCAGCUGCACAAGUGGGCAGAGCGGCAGGUCAUCCUGUGUGGCACCUGUCUCAUCGUGGCCUCUGUCAAAGACAGUCUGACGGGGAAAAUGCACAUUCUGCCUCUGGUCGGAGGCAAGGUGGAGGAGGUGAGGCGGCGACAGCACUGUCUGAUGCUGAGCUCAGCCGGAUCACAGGCUCAGACCUAUUUUGUCAAUUUUGACACACUUGUGGAUUAUCAGCGAUGGCAUCGGCAGGCGUCAAAAGUGGUAGCUCAGACAAUCAGCCUGGUCGACCUGUCCUGCUACAGCCUGGAAGAGGUGUCUGAAUAUCUCUUCUACAGUCAAGACGUCACCCACCUCAACCUUCGGCACAACUUCAUGGCCCUGCAGGGGCCCGGAGGUCUGCUCAACCUACCGAGGUUUUCCCAGCUGAGGAGCUUGAAUCUGUCUCACAACCGUCUGGGAGUCUUUCCUGAAUGUGUGUGUGAGAUUGUGACGCUGACGGAACUCAACCUGUCUUGCAACAAUCUUCACACAAUCCCGGGGCAGAUCAACAACCUCGUAAGCCUGCAGACUCUUUCUUUGGACGGGAACCAUCUCAGCUGCCUGCCUGAGGAGCUGGGUGACCUCUCCCAGCUCAACAGUCUGGGCCUCUCCUUCAACGUCUUCGACUGCAUCCCUGCUGUGCUGGAGAGACUGAGCGCUGUGGACAAACUGUCCAUGGCUGGGAACACACUGGACACGCUGGAGUUGUGUGCUUUGGCCAAGAUGGGCCACUUGAAACACGUCGACCUUCGGCUCAACGGUCUUCGGCGUGUCACAAAUGAGCUCCAGGAGUCUGUGAGUCAGGUGACCCAUCUGGACCUGAGGGACAACUGUUUGGAGUCUCUGGACCUGAGCUCCGUGUCCAACCUGGAGACCCUUCACUGCCAGCGGAAUCAGCUGAGCACACUCACCCUGAGUGGGUUCACACUGCGCAUGCUUCACGCCGGCUGCAACCGCCUUAACACGGUCAACAUAUAUCCUGUUCCAAAUCAGUUGACCCACAUGGACCUAUCACAGAACCUUUUGGAGUACCUGCCUGACUGGGUCUGUGACUGCAGAAAAACUGAAGUCCUGGAUGUCACGCACAACCUCCUGACAGAGCUGCCGUCCAGACUUCUCAACAGUUUAAGUUUGAGAAAACUUCUAGCUGGAAACAACCAAUUACAGCGAGUGCCUGACCUUCUGGACCACGUCCCUCUGGAAGCUUUGGACCUUCAGCACAACAGGCUCUCAGCGCUCCCCGAGAGUCUGUUCCACAAAGCCUUAAAUCUCAAGUAUUUCAACGUGUCAGCCAAUGCACUGGAGUGUAUUCCAUCCAGCAGCCAAUCAGAGGAGAGUCUCAGCACGCUGCAGGAGCUCUACCUGACCAACAACAACCUGAGUGAGAGCUGUGGCGCUUUGCUGGCGGGUCACCAGAACCUGCGCGUGCUGCACGUCGCCUUCAACCAGCUGGCUUCCUUUCCUGCCAGUAAGCUGAGCAAACUGGAGCUGCUGGAGGAGCUGAAUCUCAGUGGGAACAAGCUGAAGACGAUCCCCUCCACGGUGUCCAGCUGUAAACGACUGCACACCCUGGUCGCACACUCUAAUCACAUCAACGUCUUCCCCGAGAUCCUGGGCCUGCCGGAGAUCAAGCUGGUGGAUCUGAGCUGCAACGAGCUGACUGAGAUCCAGUUGCCGGACUCGCUGCCGCCGUCUCUGCAGGAGCUGGACUUGACAGGAAACAGUAGCCUGAUGUUGGAGCACAAAACCCUCAACCUAUUCAGCCACAUCACGACACUCAAGCUGGAUCAGAAGUCCUCAGCAACACCAGGAGACGUACUGAGCAGCUCCCCUCCAUGGAUUCACGGCUUUUCAGAAAUGAGUGGCCAAAGAAACAAGUUGUGCGUGUCGGUGCUCACCUUGGACUGCUUCGGUGACGGCAUGGAGGCGUGUUACGGAAUCUUCGACGGCGACCGAAACGAGGAGGUGCCUCGACUGCUGCAGUGCACCAUGGGAGACGUGCUGAGCGAAGAAGUCCAGCACUCCAGUAAUGACGUCGUGUACAUGACCAACACCUUCCUGACUUCACACAGGAAACUGGGAAUGGCGGGACAGAAGUUGGGAGCUUCUGCUCUGCUGUGCUACAUUCAUCAUGCCAUGCCAGAGCCGGGGGGGAACCUCAGCGUCACCGUGGCCAACGUCGGGUCCUGCCAGGCCGUGCUGUGCCGCAGCGGCCAGCCGCUCCCGCUCUCCAGGGUUUACAGCCUGGAGAACUGCACGGAGGAGAUGGAGAGAGUGAAGCGUGGAAAAGCCAUCAUCACUGAGGACAACAAAGUAAGUGGCGUCACCUGCUGCUCCCGCCUGCUGGGCUGCUCUUAUCUCUCCCCGUGGGUGCUUCCUAAGCCCUGGGUGCACACGGAGGCGCUCUGCGCCCAGGACGACUUCUUGAUCUUGGGGAACCGAGCCUUGUUCGAACAGGUCUCCUACCAGGAGGCGGUGAGCACAGUUCAAGCCGUGCGGGAUCCUCAUGCUGCUGCCAAGAAGCUCUGCUCGCUGGCUCAGAGCUACGGGUGCAAGGACAACAUCGGGGCUGUGGUUCUGACCCUGAACGUCGGCGUGGACAGCUGCACCUGUGUGCCCGCAGUCUGCACCAGGGAACCCAGAAGUCUUCCUCCGGUCCCCCUGGCUGUGUCUGUGACCCCGGCCUCCAGCGAGUCCAACACUCUGUCCAGUUGUGGGAUCGUAUCAGAGUUCAACAGCGAAACGUCAGCGUCCGAGGUGGGCAGCGAGGUGGGGUCCACUGCCUCGGAUGAGAUCCCAUCCGUGGGCGGCGUCCCGCGGCCUGAGAGGCGAUGCAGUCUCCACCCUGCUCUGAACGGAAGUGUAGCCCCCGGGUCAGCUGCACCGGUGCCUCACCCAGCCCUGCUGCAAAGACAACCCUCGGCUGCAGCUUUCUCCAAGUCUAACAACGGUUUGGACAGUGACGAUGAAACGCCAGUGGAGGGCGUCAUCUCCAACGGCAGCAAGCUGGAAGUGGAGGUGGACAUACACUGCUGUGCUUUCCAGCUGCGUCCCGGGGGCCCCGACAGCCCCAAGGACCUCAGCUCACAUGAGCUUUCUGACUACUCAAACGGGAAGGUGCAUAAAAAAAACAGCGUUGUAGUUUCAGCCACAAACGGCUGCCUGCAGGCUGUGUGUGGCAGAGAGAUUACCGACCUGAAAAAGUCCCCCUCCACAUCUUGCCUGUUUGGAAAGAAGUUAUCUAAUGGCUCUGUUGUGGCACCAGAGGACAGUCACAACCUCAUCGAGGUGGCUCUGGAGGCUCCUAAGAAGAAGUCUGGUUAUUUUACUGCUCCAACUCAGCAGGACCCCGAGGACCAGCUGGUUGUCCCUCCAGAUCUGGAGCAGGAAGUGCGUGAACAACUCAAAGGCCAGAACCCUUUAUUGCCGGUCACCUCUGCUCCGGCAUCACUCGCUUUUGUAAAAGAUCCCGUGUGGGAUCAUCCGCACCCCCCUUCUUUCACCCCUCCCCUCGUGCCAGGUGCAGGGUCAACGCCGACCUUACAACGGGAGGUUUUCGAUACAGCCCUGUAAACAUUUCAACCAGAAGAAAUGUACCUUCUUGUAGCUCAUGAUGUCAUUGUGAGAUGAAGGGAUGUGUCAUUCGCUCAAAGCUGCUGUUGUUAUCCAAAAGAACAGGGUAACAAAGCACACUGAAUAAGCCAUAGCUGCAUGACCACGUGCCAAAUAUUGUGUGGAGGCCUCCUGUUUGCUGAAGGGAGCUUCAGUUUUGCUGACAAAAAGCAGACCCACCAGAUAUUAGUCACCUGCUACAAUGUCUUUGGUUGGCCAGUGAACAAAAACAAACUCGACCGGGAGCGAAACCAAUCGGACUGGAACAGAUACCUCAUGUGUUUGGAGCAUGUCCGCAACAUUUCCCUUUACUGGAACACUCAAGCAAUCCGUGUUUGCUCAUCAUUGUGUUGAGUCCUCUUCAGCGUCCUGGAGAGAAGCCCUUCCACUGAAGUUUCAAAAAAGUGCCUACUGCAGACCGCUCUGCUUGGACCUCCUGGUACCCAACUCACAUGAGACAAAUCCACAUACCUGUUGUUGUGUGAUAGACUGAAGCAGAGAUGGUGGUCCUCUUUCAAUGAGUUAAACGCACGAGUCAACAUGAGGACAAACGCAACCGCAAUUCAGUCAGCAUUUCGUGGCCUGCAGUAUCGUGAGUUUGGCGCGAUGAAGAAUCCUGCUUACUAGAAUUGUUGCAAAGUUAAGAAUGGUGAAUGAUGUUAGUGUUUGUCACAAGUCAAGUCCAUUUCUCCACAGCAGAAGUGCUUUGUGUUCCGGAAAUUUAACAUAAAAAAACAACAUAAAUAAGUGAAUUCAUCUCUGCUUUCCUGUACACACACAGCAGGGAAAUGGAACGUCCAGCGAAGAAUGGAGAUCAAUGGCUCCUUUGCCACAAGAGGGCCUGUUUGUGUGUAUGUAGGAACAAUGCCAAAACCGACACAACUACUUAUAUAACUCUCAGGCUUGACAACAUGGUAAACACUUUUAUUCCCCUGCCCUUCCCACAACACACUCCAGUACGUGUUAACAGCUCGACUUGCGGGAAGCGUACUAACUAGACGUGCACACUAUUUUGCCCUUUUGAAUGACACAAACUACCGAGUUCCUGCUUCAUAAAGUUUUUAUUAGGUUUUGCGUUUCAUUUUCUUGUGGCGUCUUUAACAGUCAGGGUUGCAGACCCCUUUAAACUGUUGUAAUGUGGGCGAAAAUAAUCUUUACCGUGAAGGUUUAAUCUGCCAUUUUUGAGUUAUUAUUUUUAAUUCAUUAUUGUUAAAUAACUUAUCUGUUGGGAUUUAAUUUCAAGUGUGAUUUUAAGAUGAUGUUUCCACUCCAAAAUAGGAAACAGUUCAUGCCAUUCAUAUAAUGCGCAAUCAAAGAUACACAACCAUGAGAGUACAUAGGAUUCAGUCCUUGUUUGUAUGAAAAGCAGUCCUUUAUCGGGAAAAAGUGAUAGGUGUGCAACCUGUGUGAGGUAUAGAAAGAUCGCUGGCUCUUGAUUGGUCGAGUGCUGUCGCUAAAAAGUUGCCUCAUUAUUAACAUAAGUUUAAAAUCAAAGCUGUGCAGUUUUGAAAGUUACAACCCAACACAAUUUAAUACAGAUUCCAUUUAUUUAUUUAUUUUUUAACACACUCAAGCUACUCUUUAAAAUGGAAUAUAUACUUGGAGCUUUAAUUUCCAUUUUUACAAUCAUUGACUUUUGAAUUUAGUGUGUCUGAUGAAAGCUGCUAUCUUUAAAAUGAAAUAUUUAUUUUGCAAUAUGAGUCACAUUAUUAUUUUUGGGGUCAUAGUCAGAAAGUACAUUUUCAGAUGUUAUAUAAUUAUUCUAUAUAAAUAAAAAAGUAAUUAACAUGCACAUUCCCGCCCAUUUGUCCACACGUUCAUUCUCUUCAUUAUUGUGGUAACAUUGAAAUGUAUAUAUUUUUGGAGAACACCACAGUAGAUAUGCAGCCCCACGAACCAUUCCACAGUCCUUGUGCCAAAACAGAAAGCUGCUUCCCACAUUUAAUUUGCUUCUUUAUAUUCUCCAUAUUGUCGUGCCGUUGUAGCCUCAUAUUUUUUAUUUAAGUUCCAGUUUAAAGCCUUAAAAAAAUGAAUCACCGUUAGUAUUAAUGACUGCCAAAGUCAUCUCAGCACGUUUGUUUUCCGUCCUCCCCUAGUUUGUCCUGGAACAGCGGCUGACCGGAUGGUGAUAACGCCUUAAUUCAUGUCUCGUAAAGAGUACUGUCGAAGCACUUUCUGAAUAUAAAUGUGAGGGUUGAUUCCAUGCAUUGUGAGCCUUACGUCGAGCAAAGUCAACCUGACUAUCAUCAUGUUGAACAUCCAACUCCAAUAGCUUGUAGACGCCACAUGAUGUGCUUUAUUGACUGAAUCUCCAUUGUGGAAAGGAGAUUUUGCAAAGUUAUUGAGCUGUUGUUACUGACCAUGAUGUCAGGCUCUUCAAGUAGCUUAACACAAUGAGAGACUGUUCAGUGAUUCGUUGAAGCAUUUGACAACCCACCUCCUCCUAAGCUCCUCCUGUCUCGUGCUGAACCCUCGAAACGUUUUUUUUUUUUCCAGCGGCUGCCCCUGCUUUCACCUCUGCACGGCAGAGUGGUGGGGACAAGUGUUCUGUGUGUCAAACACAGCUGCUGCUGAGGAAAGGUCUGUGCUGAUCGAUGAGCAUGACCAUGAAAGGGAUGCUCCUCUCUGUGGUUCCCAGGUCACGGACCAUUCACCACACGCAGAAGCUCAUCUUUUGGACCUGACUUUAGCUUUAGCUUCAGGGGUUGACUGACCGAGUUGAUUUACCUGCUGGUGGGAUCACCUCCUGGGUGGAUUCUCCUCCUGAUGCUUUUCACCACUGCUGAUCUUUCACACCGCGCUUGCUGUCUGCACUUGUUGAUGUAUUUGUUGAGUGUAAAUGCAGGGGGAUGUGAGCUGCUUUCCUAAAAAUAUUCCCUUUAACACUGUUCCGGACAGAUUCUGAUUCUUGACCCGGAAGUCUGUGUUCUUUUAUACUUCACAUUGUUUUUUUUUUUUUUUUAUAAGAAGCAGUGUUUCUCUUCUGCACAACUGUGUGUGUGUCUCCGACCGCCUUUGUGUGUCGCCGUGCCGUAUGCAUGCCUUUAUGUGUAACCAACUGACUGUUACUCUGCGUGAACAUUGUAGACAGAGAUCAGACGCUCCACAUGUUUGUCACGUGACCAAAGUUGCCAUCGAUCAUCCCACGGUCCUGUUUUCUCUCGGAGCCAACAAGCAAAUAUUUAUUUUUGUAAACAGCCAUUUCCAUUCAUGAUGCUUUAUAUUUUAAAUGUGAUGCAUGUCCAAAAUAUGAGUACUAAUCCGAGCGACUUUAUUUAAAAGCAUGACUGAUGACACUGCCAUUCGUCGAGUCAGUUUUAUCAAAAUAGUGCUACAGUGCGUUUGGGAAGGCCACGCUGCGUGUUUCCUUUCUUUUCAAAUGUUAUUUAGCAUGUCUGUGCUACUUUCAAUGUUCCGUCGAUGAUCAGAAAUGUAUUGACGGUGACGUGUCAUUUGUCAUGUGACCUGAAUAUGUUACUUAAAAUGCUGCUAUCAUUAGUUUCAAGAGUCUUUUUUUAUUUACUUACCAAGUAGCAAUAAAAUG